AUGGUGCCUCCCAGGUUUCCCCAUCGGCCUGUCGUCCUGGUCGGCUUUGGCUUCUGGCAGCUCGCCAUCAGGGACUGCAAUGACAUGCGGUUCCCCAUGUUGAGCAAAGGGGGAUGCCUUCAGCUGGCCGAGACACCGCAGCCACAGGUCCCAGAGGACGGUCCCCAGGAAGGUGCUGCGGAGGUGAGGCUGGAGGCUGGAGGCGGGCGCUGUGCUGGGAGAGUGGAGGUGAAACACCAGGACCAGUGGGGGACGGUGUGUGGCCGUGGCUGGGACAUGAAAGAUGCUGCUGUAGUUUGUAAGCAGCUGGGCUGUGGAUCUGCUCUCCGAGUCCCUCGGUAUGGAUAUUUUGGGCCAGGAUCUGGGCCGAUUUGGCUGAGCUUUCUUGACUGUCAAGGCACCGAGACUGCCCUGUCUGAGUGCAGACAUGCUGGUUGGGGUGAAGUUUAUAGCUGCAUUCAUGCUUGGGAUGCUGCAGUGGUUUGUUCAGGAUUUGUCCAGCUGGUUGGAGGAGACAGCCCCUGCUCAGGACGUGUGGAGAUCAGAGAUGGAGACCAGUGGAGACCAGUCUGUGACUCUCACUUUGGUCUCAAAGCUGCCGAUGUUAUCUGCAGGGAGCUGCAGUGUGGCACAGCCCUGUCCGUCCCCGGGGGAGCUCACUUUGGAGAGGGGGUCGGGCCCACCUGGGACGGAGAGCUGCAGUGUGUGGGGAAUGAAUCCCUCCUCUCCUCCUGCCCCAGGAUGUCCCUCAGCAACCAGACCUGCACCCACGCGAACGAUGCUGGUGUCACCUGCACACGGUACACAGGUUUCAGGCUGGUGAAUGGCAGCACGGUGUGUUCGGGGCGGGUGGAGAUCCAGGUGCAGGGGACCUGGGGAAGCCUCUGUGACUCUCACUGGGACGUCGCCGAUGCCCACGUUCUCUGUCAUCAACUCAACUGUGGAUUUGCUGAGUCCGUUCCUGGAGGAGGGCAUUUUGGGAGAGGAACCGGCCCUGUCUGGAGAGACAGCUUCCACUGCAACGGGACCGAAUCCCAUUUGGGACAGUGCCCUGUGACUGCCCUGGGGGCCUCCCCAUGCUCACAUGACAACAGUGCUGGUGUUUUUUGCUCAGGACCCUCUGAAUCCCUGCGGCUGGUGGACGGAGGGAGCCGGUGUGACGGGCGAGUGGAGAUGUCCCUGCACGGGGCGUGGGGCAGAGUCCUGGAUGACCAGUGGGACAUGGACGAUGCCAGCGUGGUGUGCCGGCAGCUCCAGUGCGGAGAGGCAGAGCGAGCCUACAACCCGCCGAAGCCCGAGCGAGGGACGGGCCCUGUGGGGCUGAGAAGGGUCCAGUGUGCAGGGGAGGAGACUCGCCUGGCCCUCUGCAACACCUCCCUGCUGGAGGCAGCGCCGGCAGGAAUUGCUGAGGACGUGGGGGUGGUUUGCUCGGGGAGCCGGCGGGUCCGGCUGGCGAAUGGGGCAGGGCGCUGUGCCGGGAGAGUGGAGAUCUACUACCGGGGCACCUGGGGGACCGUCUGCGAUGACUCCUGGGACCUGUCUGACGCUACCGUGGUUUGCCACCAGCUGGGCUGUGGGGUGGCUGUGGAGGCGGCCGGCUCUGCUCGUUAUGGGGAAGGCUCCGGGCAGAUCUGGCUGGACGACGUGAACUGCUCCGGGGGUGAAGCUGCUCUCUGGGACUGCCCUGCCGGGGCCUGGGGGCAGCACAACUGCAGGCACAAAGAGGACGCAGGAGUCGUCUGCUCAGAGUUCACGGCCCUGAGGCUGGAGAACAGCAACGGCUGCUCUGGGCGCCUGCAGGUUUUCUACAACGGGACGUGGGGGAGUGUUUGCUCCAACUCAAUGACUCCUGACACUGUGUCUCUGGUGUGCAAAGAGCUGGGCUGUGGAGAUGGAGGGUUCAUUGAAACACAUCUGCCGUAUGGCAAGGUAUCUGGCCCCGCAUGGCUGGAUUAUGUUCAAUGUGGGAAGAUGAACAGCAACUUUUGGCAGUGCCCUUCUGCUCCCUGGGACCCGCAGUCUUGUGAUGACCAACGAGAAGAGACUCACAUCACCUGCAAUGGUAAUGCUGGAGCCACCUGAGCACAAAGGUUCACAGCAGGUCUUGCUCCCUGUUCAGCAAGGUGCAAUGCAGAGAAAGAGCUUGGAGUGGCUUUUACUUUCAUGGUGGGAGGAGAGGACGGGUGCUCGGGCAGAGUGGAGGUUUGGCGCCGCGGCUCCUGGGGGACGGUGUGCGACGACUCCUGGGACCUGAAGGACGCUGAGGUGGCGUGCAGGCAGCUGGGCUGCGGCCCCGCGGUGUCUGCCCUGGGGGAGGCUGCGUUUGGGGAGGGGACGGGUCCCAUCUGGCUGGAGCAGGUGGAGUGCCGAGGGACGGAGCGGUCUCUCUGGGACUGCUGGGCCCAGCCCGGGGACAGCGGUGCCUGCCAGCACAAGGAAGAUGCUGCCGUGAAUUGCUCCGGUGAGUGGCAGACGACAACGUCACCCCCCCGAGCAGAUCCCUCCCAGGGCCGUGCGAGGGACAGCGGGAGAGUCUCGGUGCCUGUCGUCAUCUGCAUUGUCCUGGGGGCCCUGCUCUUGCUGCUCCUGGCCCUCCUGGUGGGGCAAGUGCGAAGUGCCAGGGCUCAGCGCAGAGGCUCCAGGAGGUCUCUGGAGCCCUUCUCUGAGGCCGUGUACCAGGAGAUCGACUACAGCCUGACGUGGGAGAAGCAGGCGAGGUUUGGUCGUUCAGGCUCCACUUCAGAGGGGUCCCUGACCAAGCUGCAUCCUGACCCCAGGGACAGUGAGGAGGAGGAUGGUCCUGGGUCAGCCCCAAAUGGCCUCAUCCUGCCCAGAGGUGACCCAGCAGCUGGCUAUGAUGAUGCCAGGGACAUCUCUGACCCCGGGGAGGAUCUUGUUCCUGGGCAGCAAGAUUGGGAAGCGCCCAGGGAAGCAGAGGAGGGAGAUGGGCCCGGGGAGGCACAGAGAGGGGGGAGCCUGCACUCCUGGGGAAGCGAUGGGGCCCCUGGAGCUGGGAGAGCUGCCCCAUCCCUGCUCCCCGUGGACACGGGAUACGAUGAUGCUGAAGAGGUGUCUCUGGCACAUCCCCAUGAAGACACCAAGGUUGUGAGAGUGGACCCUGGUGCCAAAAGGUCCCUGAGCCCAGGGCCAGGAGAGACCACCCCUGCCAUGUGGUUGGGUGCACCUGGGACAGAAGAGAGGUCUGAGCAGCUGGGAGAGCCGCUCUCCCCUCUACCUUAUGGGCUUUGUCAUGCCCUUGAUGACCUCACAUGCCUGCCCAUCUGCUGCUGGCCAAUCAGCUGCUGUGAAAGGAGAGACCUCACAACCAAACCCACCAAUGCCACCUUCACCUCCUCCUCCCUCUCACCUCCUCCCAAGCUCUCCUUGCUGCUGGGCAGCAUCUGUGAUGCUGUUGAUGACCUCAUAAUGCCAGCCUGCCCUCUUCUGGCCAAUCAGCUGCUAAAUCAGCUCCCACCACUCAUGGUGACCCCAGUGCCGUAA